ACAGUGCCACGGCAUGAAUUAGUUUUUGGUUCGUUUUUUGCAUUUCUUUUAAAUCACAGAGACACAAAGUUGAAAGUAAAUUACCAGGGUUUUGAAAUCAUGGCAGAUGAAGAGCAAAUUGGCUACCGCUGGGAAACUGAAUAUGAGAAGACAUGGGAAGCACUUGUUGAAGAUGAGUCUGGAUCAUUGCAAGCAAGUGUUAAUGAUCUAGUGCAUCGUUCCAAACGACGACAUCUCUUAGAAAAAAUAGGCAACAUUCGUCUUGGAAUGAUGCGCCAUUUGUUCCUUAUCAUUGAUAUGUCAUCUUCUAUGAAUGAUCAAGACUUGAAACCCUCACGCAUUAUCACCACUUUGAAGCUGUUAGAACAAUUUGUAGAAGAGUAUUUUGACCAGAACCCUAUCAGCCAGCUUGGAAUACUUGUCACCCGAAACAAACGAGCUGAAAAAGUCACAGAACUAGGUGGCAACCCCAGACGUCAUAUCAUCGCUCUUCAAAAUUUGGCUGGCAAGCCAUGCCAAGGAGAACUAUCCUUGCAAAAUUCCCUUGAGAUGGCUUUGCAGACCCUUAGACACAUGCCUAGUCACGUGACGGAAGUGCUUUUGCUCACUGGCAGUCUGACUACUUGUGACCCAGGCGACAUUCACACCACAGUCAAGACACUUGCAGAAAAUAAUAUACGCUGUUCUGUGAUUGGCCUCUCAGCUGAAAUCAGAGUGUACAAAAAGCUGUGUCAGAUGACCUGUGGCCAGUACAAUGUUAUCCUUGAUGAAUGUCAUUUUAAAGACCUAUUGAAGCAGCAUGUGACACCACCUCCCGCCACAGCUAAUACAGAAUCAUCUUUAAUCAAAAUGGGUUUUCCGCAUCAUUCACUCUCUUCUGGGAAAGGAACAGAGGAAAUAGCAUCCAUGUGUAUGUGCCACCUGGACAGCAAAACAUUACAAGGAUUUGGUAGCAGUGGGUACUUUUGUCCUCAGUGCAAGAGUAAAUAUUGCGAGUUGCCCAUAGAGUGCAAUGUCUGUGGAUUGACUUUAGUUUCAGCACCCCAUCUUGCACGAUCUUACCACCAUCUGUUCCCUCCUGAGCCAUUCAGAGAACUGCUUACAGCAGACAUCAUGACUGAUGGAAAUGUGUACUGUUAUGCAUGCCAGAUCCAGAUCCUUGAUCCACAGGUUUAUCAGUGCGAACAUUGUCAACAGCUAUUUUGUCUGGAUUGUGACCUUUUCACACAUGAAACGCUUCACUCUUGUCCUGGGUGUGCAAGCCUACGAAGUCUGCAAGCAGCACCUAGACUUAACAUUUCUUAGCCCCCAUUUCCCUGAAAGAUCAGUAAACAGACUUUUAGCCCUUUGAUUUUGUUUUUUGUUUUUUGCUUUUUUAAGAGGAUCGUUUUCAUGAAACAUGAAAUAUAUCCUGUUUAUGUUGAUAUGAGCACAUAUCUUUGUUACACAAACUGAGAAAAGCAUGUUCAUUGAAUUUACACUAGCACAUUUUUUUCUGGUAAUAUUUGAAAGAAAAGAAAAAUGCACAUGAA